GUAUCUGGGACAGCUGCCAGGGCCCGCCCUCACUUGGCAGUCAGUGGAGGAGCUCCUAGUUACGGGUUCCUGCUGAGAACUGGUACUUCUCACUUUUGCAGUACUGGGGCUUGCAGGGGCCUGGGGGCUGGGAAAGGUGGGCACUGGUCCAGCCCUGAGUGGGGAGCAGCCUCUCUAGCACCAUGCCGGCCUGCUGCAGCUGGGAAGAUGUUUUCCAGUAUGAGACGAACAAAGUCACCCAGAUCCAGAGCGUGAAUUAUGGCACCAUUAAGUGGCUCUUACACACGAUCGUCUUUUCCUAUGCCUGCUUUGCUUUGUGGAGUGACAGGCUAUACCAAAAGAAGGAGCCUGUCAUCAGCUCUGUGCACACCAAGGUGAAGGGGACAGCAGAGGUAAAAGAGGAAAUUAUGGAGAAUGGAGUCCAGAAGACAGUGUGGAACAUCUUUGACACUGCAGAUUACACCUUCCCUUUGCAGGGCAACUCCUUCUUUCUGAUGACAAACUUUCUCAAGACUGAAGGCCAAGUUCAGGGGCUUUGUCCUGAGUACCCCACCCGCAGGACACUCUGCUCCAGUGACCGGAACUGUAAAAAAGGAUGGAUGGACCCGCAGAGCAAAGGAGUCCAGACUGGAAAGUGUGUACAGUACAAAGGGAACCAGAAGACCUGUGAAGUCUCUGCCUGGUGCCCUGUCGAGGCAGUGGAAGAAGCCCCCCGGUGAGUUGCAUGGUGGGGACAGAUGCGGUGGCCCUCAGCAGAAGUUCUUGCCAGGGGCUGCUCAGGGCUUUCCCUUUUCAGUGCAAUCCUGCAAAGUCCUCGGUCGUCCUGGCUUGGUGACCCCCACACCAGGCACACUGCUUGGCACAAAGCUGGUGGUGACUGGUAGGGCCGUGCUGGUUGUGAAACUACUGAAAUAACUCUCUACCAGCUGGUAAAUAGCUACUACCCUGAGUACCCACGGGCAGAAACUGUCUCAGAGAACACAACGGCAAAUGUAUUUCAGCAGAAAGUAGUUACAAGGACUUGGACUCAAAUCCUCGUUCUGACACUUUCUUUCUGUUUGACUUUGGGCAAGUGACUUAACCUCUCUGAGCUUCCGUUUCCUCAUCUGUAAAAUGAUGAUAAUAAUUACACCGACCUCACUGGGCUAUUAUGAGGAUUAAAUGAGAUGAUGCUUGUACAACACCUAUCAAGUGAGCCCAGUGCCUGGCUCAUAGUAACCCCUCAAUAACACUCAGACACACGCACACACACACAUGCACACACUCAUACACACACACACAGAUGCUCUGCUCCUAGAAGUGUGGUGGUUCUAGGCCUGCACUGAUCAAUAGAACUUUCUGCAAUGAUGGAAAUGUGCUGUCCAAUAUGGUAGCCUCUAGCUACAUAUGGUUAUUAAGCGCUUGAAAUGUGGCCACUGCAACUGAGAAACGGAAUUUUUAAUUUAACUUAAUUAAAUAGCCAUGCAUGCCAAGUGGCUACCAUAAAGGAUAGCACAGUGCUAGACCAAUGUGACUCAGGGCCACUCCAUCAGCAUCUGCGGGCAAAGGGAAGAAUGCCCCAAACUGGCUUUCUAGAAGGCUCAGGCAAAAGUCCCCAAUGUCAGGGUGGGUGCACUAGGCAGCGUCACUAGCCCUCAAUCAUUAAAGACAUCACCCAGGUUUAUUUCUAGCUCAGGGAAGGAAUUGUCACAGAAGGGAUUGUUCAGGGCCUGGGAAGUCCAGGGCUGGACGGGACAUCAACCUACCCUGGUAGUCCCUGGUUCAAGGCACUCCCUUUGAUUGGUUGUGGCUUUCAGUUCUGGCUCUGCCACCACCUGUACCUCCAAUGUGCUGGUCCCUGAGCUACAUUUUUCACAUGAUCUUGGGCAAGCAACUCCCUGAGCUUUAGUUUCCUCAUAUAUCAUAUAGAGGGGACUCAAUAAGAUAAUGUAUUUAAUCAUUCAUUCAACACAACCAUUAGCACCUAGUAAGUGUUGGAUAUGCAUUUCACAUGAACUACGUGCAAGAGACUCUGCUAAGUCUUAUGUAAAAGCCAAGAAAACCCAGGUAUGGAGCAGACCUGAAGGCUCCUGCAGUCUAAUAGAGGAGAUAAUAUAUGUACACAGGGAGCUGUAACUCAAGACAAAAAGUUAUAAGUAUGAUGAGAGAGAGAUACAGGGCUGUGAUCCUUAAAAUUACAGGAUCCUGUAGUUUUCUGAUUCUUUGAGUGUUGCCCAGAAGUGUGGGGUUUAGAAUAUGCUAUGGGCACUGAGUCUGGCACAUUGCAGAUGCCUGUCAGAAGUUUUUGCUAGUGCAGGAAUUCAACUUAAACUUGCCUCACAAAAAAACAGGGUAUUAUUUUGACUCUUGUAAAUUAGGAAUCUAAACGUACUGGUUUCAAGCAAGGUUUGAUCCAGGAUUCAAAUGCUGUCAUCAAGAUUCGCAUUCUCUAACUCUCUGCUGUUCUUUCUUCCAUUUUGGCUCUUCUCACACCAUAGUCCUAGGGAACUCCAGGUUUACUACUAACAAUCCCAGCAGGAAAUGAGAGUUUCUCUUUCCCAGUAGUUCCCACAGAAGACCUGGAAUGGUCUCAUUGGCCUGAGUCAUGGUGACCAUCUACAACCCAAUCACUGCAGCCAGGGCCUGGGUCACCUGCCCACCAAGGAGCUGUAGGGUGGGUAGGAGAUGGAGUCAUUCCCACCCAACUCUCUGGACUGACAGUGGAAGAGAUGGCCUCCCCAAAGGCAGAAAAUUGAGGCACUAUUACCAGAAGGAGCCUCGGUGGCACAGUGGUUAAGAGCUAUGGCUGCUAACCAAAAGGUCAGCAGUUCAAACCUACUAGCUUCUCCUUGGAAACCCUAUGCAACAGUUCUACUCUGUCCUAUAGGGUCACUAUGAGUCGGAAUCGACUUGAUGGCAAUGAGUUACCUGGUUAGUUAUUACCAGAAGGGGGAAUGGAUGCUGGACAGGCAAAAAUUACACUGUUCCCCACAGCUACAUCCCAAAUAGAGUCAAAGUGUAAGGUUCUGAAAGUCCUGGAAUAAAAGGCAGACCAUUCUUGGUUCCUCUUUCCAAAUACCCUCCACCCUUUCCUGGUGCUACUCCCAAUAUGUAUCUGCCACCUACUCAGCCAGGCAACAGGGUACCAGUUGUCUCUCUUUAUCCAUAGCUGAUUCUCUGCAUCUUUAAUAAACUGUCAACUCAUAAGGAUAAAAUCCUUGACUGUCUUGUUCAUCAUUACAUCCCCAGUGUGCAGCACUGUAACCAGUAUGUGCUGAAUGAAUGAAUGCACAGAUGGUUGGUUGGCUGGAUGGACCUUCCUGUAAUCUAGAAUUUUCACUACUCUAACUCAUGAGGAAAUUACACACUACUCAGAACCUCCACAAAAGGACUGAUUUAGUCAACUAUAUAAGGAUCCUGGUGGCGCAACAGUUAAGCACUUGGCUGCUAACCAAAAGGUUGGUAGUUCAAACCCACCAGCCAUUCUUGGGAGAAAAGACUUGGCAAUCUGCUCCUGUAAAGAUCUCAGCCUAGGAAACCCUAUGGGGCAGUUCUACUCUGUCCUACAGAGUCACUAGGAGUAGGAAUCAACUCAUGGUAUACAACAAUAACAUAGUGAUUUAGUCAGUCUGUGUGUUGUGUGGCCCUAUGCUAACAGCUAGGGAUGCCAAAAUAAGAAAUUAUUGUCCUAGCCCUGCAGGAGCUCCAAGCCUUUUGGGAAAGACACAAACAAGGUGUGGUGGAGUUGACUUGUUCCAGUUCUGAGCCAAUUAUGCUCAUCCCUUCCCAACUCUGGAGCCCUGGUGGCACAGUGGUUAAGAGCUCAGCUGCUAACCAAAAGGUUGGCAGUUUGAAUUCACCAGCGGCUCCUUGGAAAUCCUAUGGGGCAGUUCUACUCUGUCCUAUAGGGUCGCUGUGAGUCGGAAUUGACUCAAUGGCAAUGGGUUUGGCUUCUUUUUAGUUUUUCCAACUCUGAGUUCAGUGACGUCCAGUUGGUAGCUUGAAACCAGUCAAGGUAGGAAUAGUUACAUUUCAAUAAUUAGCAAAUGCUGUAAUACAGGGCUUUACUUUUUUUCCUGGAGAGCUAGUUGUUAAGAACUUACCAACACACCACUGCACACACAUAAACAUACCAUUAUGUCAGUGUGUGAGAA